UAAGGCGCAGGGACAGGCGGACGUAACGGGCUGGUCGGUUGUCGUUUAAGAGCGCCAUGGCGGAAGAGGCGGUCGAGGCAGCUCCCCCUGUCGUCGAGCUGCCUUCCUUCGAGGCUGCGCGGGGGCUGGUGGAGAACCGCUACUCCUGCCUGGUGGUGACGCCGCACAGGAGGCACAUCGCGCUGCCGCCGCGCUUCUUGCAUCGCAAGCGGACGGGGAUCUGCGCGCAACUGGAUACGGAGCUGCGCCACUACUCGAACAGUUUUCAAGGUGUUCCUGUGGCUUAUGAUGAUAUUAAAAUAACAAAAGAACUGGGAGAUAUAAUUGAUGACAUAGGAGCUAUCCAUCUGGACAUUGAAGCAAAUUUUGUCGUAUUUCAGCCUAAACCAGGGAAAAAACUUGUGGGUAUAAUCAAUAAAGUGGCACCUAGCCACAUAGGCUGUCUAGUACAUGGAUGUUUCAAUGCUUCUAUUGCAAAGCCUGAUCACUUAUCAGCUGACGAAUGGAUGAACCUUGGCUUUCAAAUAGGCUCUAGACUGGUAUUUAAAGUAUUGCAUUUUGAUUCAGAUGGCGUUGGAGUGUUCUGCAUGCGAGGAAAAUUGUCUCGACACAGCACUGGCAAAGACACCCCACAGGAAAACUGCAGGAAAGAACAUGAAAAGCACUGUGAUGUACAAGAUGAUACAGAGGAGAUGGAGAUUGAUGUAACGAUGUCUGGGAUUGAAGAUGGAGAGAAGCAGAACAAUCACAUUGAUUACGGGAUAUAUGACAUGCCAGAGAGAGAGAGUGGGCAAGACAGAGCCGACUUGGGAAUGCAUGCCAGUGACUCAAGUGGCUACCACAGUGGCCAUGGCAAAUCUAAGAAAAGGAAAAAACUUUCUGAAGAAGAAAAUGGACUCCUGGAGUUGUCAAAACCCAAAGCUAAAAAGAAGAGAAAAGAAUGAGAAAGAGUCUGAAUAAUGCCGAAAGUGCCUUUGCUGAAUAUGGAGCUUUUCCGUCCAAUGUAUUUGAAUUAAUUAUGCUUCAUUUUAAUGCCACUGAGGGAGUUCCGUUGUAAAUGCUGUAUAUAUGCACAUUGAGAAGAUGUGUAAAAGCAGAAAAUAAACAAUCUAAGAAAAGAGAA